UUUGCAUUUAACUCUAUCGGAAUAAAAACCAACCUUUAAGCCUUGUUUCUUAUUAAGUUUUCUUAUAUCCUUUUUAUUCCUUUCUUCAAAUCGAAUUGAAUCGAAUCGAAACGAAACGCUUAAACGGAGCUUGAAUAUAACAUUUAUUUCUGGUUUUAAUUCUGUGAGAAACUAGUUCAGUUAUACGAUGAGGAUGAUAAGGUUGACGGCGGCGGCGGUACUUUGUAUCACAGUCUGCAGCAUGAGGAUGGUGCUGUGUGAGCCUCCAGCGGCAUCGAACGGCUAUCUGCCUCCGACUUCUGGACAAAGGCCAUCGACGAGGUAUAAUGCUCCAUCUAAUUCUUAUCUUCCACCUCCCUCUGGGCCAGCGUCACCAUCACAAAGUUACGGUGCACCUUCGAGGCCGUCGGGCAGCUAUGGUGCCCCACCUUCACAACCUUCGUCCAGCUAUGGUGCCCCACCAUCUAGACCGUCCAGCAGUUAUGGUGCUCCACCAUCUGGACCUUCUUCAAGUUUUGGCGCUCCAUCCAAGCCCUCGGGUAGCUAUGGUGCACCCAGUGUAAGCCGUCCAUCAUCAAGUUAUGGUGCCCCACCAGCUUCUCCGCCAUCUUCGAGCUACGGAGCACCCAGUCGUCCAUCUCCCAGCUUUGGAGCACCACCUUCGUCCAGUUAUGGCCCACCGAAAAAGCCAUCUUCCAGUUAUGGGCCACCAGCUUCACCCCCAGCCUCCAGCUAUGGUCCACCAAAACGACCCAGCUCAAGCUAUGGACCACCAAAACGCCCAUCAUCCAUGUACGGAGCACCACCAUCAACACCCUCAGGAAACUACGGUCCACCCAAAGUAUCACCACCAGCAACAAGCUAUGGAGUUCCAUCAGCCCCAUCUCCCAGCUAUGGAGCACCUUCGAAGCCUUCAUCGAGUUAUGGAGCUCCAUCUCGUCCAUCUUCGAGCUAUGGUGCCCCAUCUGCACCAAGACCAUCGUCUUCUUACGGAGCGCCUGCUGCCCCAUCACGUCCAUCUGGUUUAUAUGGUGCCCCAUCGGCUCCAGCACCUUCUUCAAGCUAUGGUGCUCCUUCUGCCCCUUCUCCAUCGUCUAGUUAUGGUGCUCCAUCUGCACCUUCAGGGAGCUAUGGUGCUCCUUCUGCUCCAUCUUCCACCUACAACGCUCCAGUUGGUCCAAGUUAUAGUUCUGCUCCAUCCUCCAGUUAUGGGGCACCUUCUCCUGGCGGCGGCGGCGGCGGUGGUGGAUAUGCUUCUUCAGGUAGUGGAUCAGGCGGAUACUCAUCAUCUGGUGGAAGCUCCGGUGGAUAUUCUUCCUCUGGCGGUGGUUCGGGUGGAUACAGCAGUGCCCCAUCGUCAAGCUAUGGAGCUCCAGCUGCACCAUCCAGGCCAUCAUCUAGCUAUGGUGCCCCUUCAGUGCCAUCAAGGCCAUCAAGUAGUUAUGGUGCUCCUGCACCUUCGAAGCCAUCGUCAAGCUAUGGCGCACCUUCAGUAUCAGCCCCAUCUUCGAGUUACGGCGCUCCGUCUGCACCAGCUCCCUCAUCUAGUUAUGGUGCCCCAACUGUAAAUAUUCCAUCAACAAGCUAUGGAGCCCCAUCAGCUGGAGGAGGUUCAGGUGGCGGUGGAUACUCUUCAGGUGGCUCAGGAGGUGGCGGUGGAUACUCUUCCGGCGGAUCUGGUGGUGGUGGAUACUCUUCAGGUGGAUCAGGAGGAUACUCAUCUGGCGGAUCUGGUGGCGGCGGAUACUCUUCAGGUGGAUCAGGAGGAUACUCAUCUGGCGGCGGCGGAUCUGGUGGCGGCGGAUAUUCUUCAGGUGGCUCAGGAGGCUACUCAUCUGGCGGUUCCGGUGGUGGUGGUGGCGGUGGAUAUCCAUCAGCAUCCCAACCAUCAUCCAGCUAUGGUGCACCUUCUUCAGGAGGCUCAGGGGGAUACCCAUCAGCUUCAGCACCGGCACCAGCACCAUCAUCGAGCUACGGAGCCCCUGCUGCACCAUCAAGACCUUCAUCAAGCUAUGGCGCUCCAACCGGACCAGCCCCAUCAUCAAGCUACGGAGCACCAUCCGCACCUUCACCAAGCUAUGGAGCUCCAUCUGCUCCAGCACCACCAUCCUCCAGCUAUGGUGCACCAUCAGCACCCUCAUCAAGCUAUGGAGCCCCCGCAUCUGGUCCCGUGCCUUCAUCUUCAUACGGAGCUCCUUCAGGUCCCUCACCACCAUCAUCAAGCUACGGAGCUCCUGCUUCCGGUCCAGCACCAGGAUAUUCUUCCGGCUCAUCUAGUUACGAUGCCCCACAAGGACCAAGUGGUGGUGGUGGCUACAGUUCUGGCGCCGUCGGCCCAUCUGCCCCAUCGUCCAGCUAUGGUGCCCCCACAAAUGGCGGAUCUGGUGGUGUUCCUUCAGGUUCAUAUGGUGCUCCCAGUUCUGUCCCCGAAACAAUUCCCCAAAACUACUCCCCUGAUGGUGGCUACAAAUACCGAAAGUAGACCAUUACCCGGAAGGUGGUGAGAACUUUCACCAAAUUCACCAUACAAGUGCCUUAUAUCAAAAACCUUUGAACGAAACCUCCGUUAUGCGUUAUGUGUUUAAAUUAAAUUCUCUCUAAACUCUCUUCGAGAGUUAAGUGCUCUUACUCUAUCAUCAAUCACCUUCAGUAUUUAAACGAUAAACUGAUAAACGAACAUACUCUCUUAAAUAAGUCGAUAAACGAUACGAUCAUUUCUCUUAAAAUGUUAAAUUUACAACAAAACAUAAUGUUUUGUUAGAAUGUAAGAUUUAAUUUUUAAAAAAGAGUUCUUCAUCUCUGUUUUCUCAUUUUAUUAUUAUUAAGUUUUCUUUUAUAUAUAUUUUUGUUUUGCUUUAGUUUUUUAUUUACUCUUGUAUAAAAGUUUUGUAGAAAAUUAAAAAUUAUUAUUAUUUAAGCUGCCAACUGCCAAUGAAUAAAACCACAAGUGUGUAAAAUACUUAUUUGUUUGUAUUUAAAUAAAUCAAGAAAUAUGAGAUAUCAUUUAAGCCAA